AUGUCGUCAUCAAAAUACGAAAAUGUGGAUAUAACAACAUUAUUUCCUGAUUUUAGAGUUAAUAAAGUAAUAUUCAUAUUAUAUCAUUGUGUAGUGUGUACUAUUAUUUUUUAAUGAGAUUAUAUUAUAUUUUUAUUUAUUAUUUAUUUUAGCCAUUAAGAUUUUUAAGAUUGUUCAAGUCAAGCAAAUCAAACCUUUUACCUAAAGUUUGGAGGCAUGUUCAAACAAAAUGUAAAAAAAAAAUACAUAAAUAUUCUAUGGACAGUCCAUUUCCUAUAGAUGAUUUCAGGAAUUCUGAUCCUGAACUUGUUAGUUAUAAUGAGAUGGUCAUAUUCUAUUUCAUUAUUAAGCACCUAGAUAUCAGUUAUCAAUUUAAACCCUACAUUUAUUUUCCAUAGGAAAUUCUUUUAGGUCAAUUGAACAGUGAAUUUAAACAAGAAUACAAAUACUGUUCAAAUAAUCAAGCACAUUGGCGAAUAGGACCAGCAAAAUUAUUUUAUGAUAUGAUGGGAGUUCCUGAAAAUGUAAAAGAACUUGAUUACGGGUUUAAACUAAAAGACAACAAAGUAAGAAAACUUAUUAAUACAAGUUUUACUAUAGUUAACUAUACUUGACUUAUUUUUACUACCUAUUUUGAAUAAGUACAAAGAAAAUAGAAUAAAAGAAAAUCCAUAUCCAGAUGAUGCGUAUCUAAUGGUUAGUCAGUUGUAUUGGGAAGAUGAUAUAAUAUGGAAUGGAGAUGAUAAAAAACAUGAAGUCAUUCAAAAAAUGAAUAAUAAGACUAGUUUUGCUGGAUGGACACUAUACCAGCCAAGUAAUGGAAAUUGUCCUCUCGCUGGUGGAUCAGUUUGUUUAGCUACUAAAUCGCCAUUUAUGUAAGAUAUCAUUUAAAAAGGAUUUUGAAAAAAUAAAUUAAAUUUUUGUACUUCUAAUCUAAUUUAAGACUAUAUUUUAUUUUACAAUUUUUGAAUUAAAUAAGUAUUUAAAUAUAAUUUAUUCAAAAUAUUGAAAAUAUUUUUUUCCAAAAUUUAAAUUUGUUGGAUAAAUUCUUUAUUAUUAUUUUAAAUAUUCAAUUUAAUUAAUCUAUUUGUUUUGUUUUGUUUUGUUAACAGUUGUAUCCAAUUGUUAGAAAUAUUAUAUUAUAAUCAUUAUUUUUCAUUUUACAGUUAUUUAAACCUAGAGUGGAGUUACUACCUUAUAUUUAAUCUAUCCACAUUUAAAAAAAAAAAAAAUUCAAAACUAAACCAUAAAUACAAAAUAAGUUUACUGAAACUCAGUUUAAAUUUUAAAGUCUUCAAAACAAUAUGAAAUGAGAAAUUUGUAUUAAUAAUUUAAAAUUGCAUUUGCCCGUUUUGUGACCAACUAUAUUGUUAACCUUUUUUAUAAUAAUUGAUAUCGCCUAGUGAAUUAAUUAAUGUAGAUGAAUAGAUGAAUAUAAUAAUAACCAUAUGGCUAAUCAAAUUACAAAAUUGCCUUAAUUAAUAAUAAAAUAAAAAUGAGUGGCCAUAGGGACUCCACUCUAUUUACUUAACUCUUAUUUUAUUUUAAAUAUAAAUAUAAAUCCAAAUUAUAUUAUGUAUGACCAAAAUGUUAAUAAUUAAUUGGUAGUUCAAUGGUUCAAACAUAAUAUAUAUUUAAAGUAUCUAUCUAUUAGCUAAUUAAUUGAUUUUCAACAAAUUUUUAUUUAGAUAUUCAAUGCAACAAGUUACAGCUUUAAUACAUAAUAUAUUUCCAGUGGAAAAUGAAGAACUGUUACAUGGUACCUGGGAAGAUGAGAUUAUUUGGGAUGCUCAAAAUAUGGAAAAAAUGCCUUAUCCAAAAAUAUUGAUACUAGAUCCAAAUGAUGAAAAUAUUAUAUUGAAUUUUCCUAAUGAUGAAGAUUUAGCAAAACAAAUGCAUAAUAGUGUUGCUUUGACCAAAUCAAAAAUGUCACAUUUCUGUAAGAAUAAAUCAAAAAUAUUGAAUAGCAAAGUUGGAGUUAUUAAUGCAAAUAGUGAAGAUAUAUCAUUAUUAUCAUCCAAAUCUUCAAACAGAGAUCCAUUUAAUGUUUCAAAUGACUAGUAAGUGUAUAAACUAUGUACAAUUUCUAUGUUUCAGUUAAAUUCUUUUUAAUAAUAGAAUAAUAAUAAUGAAAAUCUAUUGUCAACUAAUACAAAUGUAGUUUAAAAUUAUUUUACAUAAUUGUUUUCCUUAAAAAUGUUGUUUUUGUAAAAUUAAUAUCUUAGAGGAAACUAAAUAAAAUAAUUAAAAACAUUAAGGCUAUAACUUUUAAUAGUGUCCAUGGUAUAGCAUAAUAAUUCAUAUAGCUUUCCAGUGGCUCACACAUUUUCAGAAACACUGAACUAAUAGAUUGAGUGAGCCAAUUACAUCUCAAAGAGUGGUAAAUCACCAUCCUCCUAACCCUCCCUGAACCCUCUAAGAUUAUUUUUUUUCUUUUGUACUUAUAAUACCCAAAACACAAAAUAUCAAGUGAAAACAUGCCCAUUAUCAAUAUUUGUUUGUUUCUUAUUAAUAUUAAAUAUAAAUCAAAUUAUGUGAUAAAGUUAUAUUAGAUAUAUUAGUUAUAAUUUUUUCUUGAUAUUUUUAAUAAAUAUUCUUAUAAUUUAUAUGUAUUUAUAGUUAUUAUCAAUCAAAAGUCUCAGACAAAUGUCUCAAAUAUGAUGAUAUACAACAUUCAAUACCUGUUCUUGAAUUAAGAAAACCUUUUAUACCAACUUUUAUGGGACCCGUGUAUUUAAGAAAUUUCCAUCGCCCAUCAAUGAAGAGAUACUCUCAUGGUACAGUUGCUCAGCGCACAUUUCAUCCUGUAUAUCCACUUACGGAAAAUAUAAAAAUAAAAGCAAAGGUACUCAGAAUAAACUAUUAUUUCAUCAUAAAUUAAAAAUUAUAAAAUAUUAUUAUGAAACAGACUUUUAUCACUUAUCUUUGUGACUUUAUAAAAUGUGUGAAGAAUUUCCUAUUUUUUAUAAUUAAAUAAGUAUUACUUUUUUUUAAAUUAGCUAAGAAAAGAAGAGCAAAUAACUUCUGGUGGCAGUAAUGUAUUUUUUAUGAAAACACCAGAUGAUUUGACAGGUCGAGACGGUUCUAUUAUUCUCAUUGAAUAUUGUGAAGAAUAUCCACCUCUAUUGAGUCAAGUAUGUAAACAAAUUUAAAUGAAAAUAUCUUAUUUAUACUUUAAUCUUAAUCAGUGCUGUAAAUUUGAUAUUUUUUAUUUAUAUAUUAUUCACAGGUUGGAAUGUGUUCAAAAAUUAAAAAUUAUUAUAAAUGUAACUCGAGUAAAGACCCAGCUCUACCAGCUUUACAAUUUGGGGAAACUGUGUAUGCUCAUAAUGAAUUAUUUUUAGGUAUAUUAUCUCCUGGUAAAACGAUUCAAGUCAUUGAAAAUAAUUUAUUUAGAGCACCAAUAUAUGAACAUAAACUAUUGGACAGUGAUUUCCUACUUAUAAGAACAAGGUAAUCGAAUUGUGAAUACAAUUUUAAAAUAUUUUGUUUAUUUACCAUUAGUUUUAUUUUGUACUUUUGUAGAGAUGCAUAUUAUGUACGAGAAAUAGAUGCAUUAUUUACGUCAGGGCAACUUUGCCCAUUAUACGAAGUUCCAGGUCCAAAGGCAAAAAAUGCUAAACUUUUUGUAACAAACUUUAUACGGGUAAAUCACAAGUUAGGUUUAAACACUUUGUUUUGUUAAAAAGUCUUUCUAUAUACCUAGGUUUUUAUUUAUCGGUUAUUUUGGAAAAGUAAUGAUUGUCCAAAACGUUUAAGAAUGGAUGAUGUUAAACAAGCAUUUCCACAGUAUUCAGAAACUAAACUAAGAAAUAUUCUUAAACUCUGUGCAGAUUUUAAAAGAACUGGUAAAUAACAUAUUUAAAAGUUUGGAAACAAGUGGUAAUAUCUUCAAAAUUUAAAGAAUAGUUUGAUAAGGACUUGUGAGAAUUUAAGCAAAAAAUUAAAAAACAAACAUUAUUUACUAACUUUAUUUUCUUACCUUAACUUAUAAUGGGGUGGGGAAAUGAUUUAGCACUAGUUAUCAAGUUUUGUGUAUACAAUUUAAUGUUUUAGGGUCUUUUUCAAAUUGGUGGAUAUUAAAACCCAAUUUUUACUUACCACCAGAAGAAGAAAUUCGUGCUAUGGUAUCACCAGAGCAGUGUUGUGCUUAUUUUAGCAUGAUAGCAGCUGAACAAAGACUUCAAGUAAAUGAUUUUUUCCUGUUAGGUAAUACAUUUUUUAUUUUAUUAUUAUUGUUAUUAUUUUAGGAUGCUGGUUACGGUGUAAAAUGUAUACUGGCUAGUUUAGAGGAUGAUAAUGAGGAAAUCCAAUUGAAAUUGGAUGAUGAAAUUAAAGUUGCUCCAUGGAAUACAACACGCGCAUACAUUCAAGCUGCGAAAAAAAAGUGUUUACUUCAACUAACUGGCCCUGCAGAUCCCACUGGAUGCGGAGAAGGAUUUUCAUAUGUACGGAUAACUAAUAAAUCAAGUGUAUGUUAUUUUAAAUUUGCUUGAUUUUACUCUAUAUUAGUUCAAUAAAUAAGUACCAACAAGUAUUUGAUUUAGUUUAAUAAAAAAGUACACGAAUCUCUACCAAUAAAGCGUGUUAUUGGAUUACAUGGUGAUUUAAGGCGAUGGUCAUUAACUGAUGCAAAAAAUGUAAUAAAGAAAUUUGCUGUACCUGAAGAAGAAAUACAACAAAUGUCACGUUGGAAAAUGAUUGAUUUGGUCCGUAAAUUAUGUACUGAAAAUGCAAAUGCUAACAAAAAAGAAAUGAAUAAAUUUUACAGAGGUAAACAUUAUUCAAUCAUUGAAUCAUAUCAUGAAAGGUAAUACUUGAUUAUUUUGUCUAUAAAUUAAUCUAAAUAAAGUAUGAAUAUUAUUUUCAUACAUUUUAGAUAUAAAAAAGAAUGCCAACGGAUAUUUGACCUACAAAAUCAAGUGCUAUCAUCUUAUGAAUUAUUGUCCACUGAUGAUGAAGCAGACCUUGGUGAAGAUAAUUAUUCUGAUAUUGAAAAAAUGGGAAAAAGCAUUGAAUUUAUAUUAACUAAUACAAAAACAAGCACAGAGGUAUUAUUUUCCAAAAUAAAGCUCUAAAGAUAAAAUUGUUUCAUUAUAACAUUGCAAAUAAUUUUAUAGAGGUUAAAAAUAUAAUAUUUUCAUACGCCAUGCAUAUAUAUGUUAAAACAAUAUUAUGGUCUUUCAUAUUGUACCUUAUUUACCAGUUUACUGGUAUAAUAUUUUCUAAAAUAAUUGAUAAAAAUUAUAGUACAUGGCUUUUUAGAUUAAGAAAAAUUAUUGAAUAAAAAUAUUGAAAAUGCAAAAGUUAUUUCAAGUAAUCUAAUAAUUUUUUAUUAUAUAUUUUUGAACUUUUAUAAAACUUCAUAGAUCACAUAAUAAACAAAAUGUUUAAUAUGUAAUUUGUAUUUAAUCUGUCACCAUAUAUUUUUAAAUUGUAAGGUGAUGUGUAAAUCUAACAACCUUUAAGAGAUAACUGGUGUAUAUCAUAAAAUAACAUAAGUCUAAAUAUGUUAAAUUAAUAAAUGUAUAUUAAAAUAAUGAUAAUAAUUUGUAUAAUUCUAAAGUGUCUAUUAUUUUUGAUUUAGUUGUCAAAGGAAAAUGAAGAACAAGAUCGACUUAGGCUUUACAAAAUGUUGACAGAAGAACACAAUAACAACAUUAAAAAAGUUGGUAAGAAAGGAAAGUAUAAUGAUGAUUAUACACGUUUUACAUCCAAAAAACCAAGUAUUAAAUGAACACCUACCAUGUCAAUUGUAUGUAAAGUAUAGCAAAUUAAUAUUUUAACUUUUCUUUUAGGACGUGUACUUAAGAUUUAUAGAACAUAUCAAGGGUUAAAUGGAAAAAAAUUUACUAGAGUGGAAACUGUACGCAACAUGGAUGUGAUAGAUGCUUACAUAAAAAUUAAAACAAGCAAUGAAAAUUUUACAAACCAUCAUAUGUACCAGAAAGAGAUUAAAUUUAGAAACCAAAUUAUACCAGAUUCGCUAAAAGAAAAAGAUUAUGUUCCGUACUUUGUGAACCCAGAUAUGUUUAUUAAUAAUGCUGGAAAUCACUUACACACAGUUGAAGAUAAUUUGGUUAAUAAUGUUGAAAUUAAGGUUACUCUUUUUAUUUUUUUUAUUGAUUGCAUACUUUAACUAUGUUAAGAAAUUAUGAAUAUAAAUAAUCAUAUUUGUUUUUGAUUAUCCCUUUAUUGUUUAAUAGCACAAUAUAGAAAACACGGAAAAUAGAUCUUUGAUUUUGAAAAUCCCCAAAGGUAUCUUGUCACAAAAAAAACGUAAAAAUGAAUUUGAUUGUGAUUAUUUAAAAAAAUGUAAGCAGUCUCCCAAUAAACUCCAUACUGAUUUAUUAACUGUUUUAUCUAAUAUUUUUGAAUCUAUAUUGAAUGAGAUAUGUAAUAUACCUGAUGUGCACCCAUUUAUCUAUCCAGUAGAUGCCAAGGUAAUCUAUCUAAUAUAAUAAUAAUAACUAAUAAUAAUAACCAUUAUUAUUAUUAUUUAAAUUAACAAUUUAUGUAUUAUAUUAAUGUGGUUACUUAAAAAUUAUAAAGAAGAUACCAGAUUACUACAAUAUUGUGCAAAGACCAAUGGAUUUACAAAAGAUAAGGGCUAAGAUACAUUUAAAAAAAUAUAAGAACCGUGAACAACUUUUAUAUGAUUUAAAUCAAAUUGUUGUGAACUGCACUUUAUACAAUGGUAAAUAAAGAGGCCGGAUAAAAUGUUUGAAAAUAUUUAAAAGUAUUUUCCAAUAAAAUAUAGUCCUCUGUAAAUAAAAUAUAUUACGAUUUUGAUGUAAUCAAACCUAAUGUGAAAUUAAUUAAUUUUAGGUAAAAAUAGUUCACUGACUGCUGUAGCUCAUAACAUGUUAUGUAUUUGUGUGAAUCGUAUAGAAGAAAAAGAAAAAGAAAUUAUAUUGCUAGAAAAAGCUAUUUAA